AUGGCGAGUGCUAGCAGGGCCAAGACUCCAGCCUCCUCCACCAAGGGGCCCCGCUCAAACAAAACAUCUGCUCUCGAUCUUCGGUAUCCAACGUCAACAAUAGAACAAGAAUCCGAAAUCCUGCGCAACGGCUACUCCACGCCCUCACGAUGGCAAGGUAACUACGAUGUGCAGUACUUCACCUGCUGUCCGGGCUGUCCUGACCCGAUUGGGUAUCCAUCUUCUAUCAAUGCUGUCAUCAUGCAACCUACGCCAACCCCAGUUCCAUCACCGAACAGCGAGAGUGACAAGAGCACCUCGGAUUCCCUCGACUCGCACGCAGACUGGGCACGAAAAGUCGACGACGGUAUAAGAAGACUGCAGGUGGCAAUUGCUAUCACAAAGGACAUCCUGUCCAGUCCGACCUGUGAUUCCUCGACACGGAAGGAGUGCGUGAAGAAGAAGGGGGACAAUGGACCCGUGUCAAGCUCUCUACAAAUCAACGACCCCUCCAGGCACUGUGAGCUUUCUCAGGAUGAGGAUCUGUCUGGUACGCUCUUACGGAUCCUGACUAUGAUCCAAAAUCAUGAAGAGCCCCCCAAUCCUAGGCCUCGGCAGCCAGUACCACCCCUCAAGGCGUUCCCCAGGUUGAACCUUGCUCUACGACACGUCCAUGAAUGCUUUCUGACUCCUUCUACGAUGGGGAAACGUGGGGGACCGUUUCAACUGCUGAUCACGGAAUCGACCCCUUUUGAGGAUAAGCCCGAUGGAAGGUUCAGAGAUGCUUUCAAAAGGAGACGACCCAACCAGAUCAGGGCAUCGUGGUAUCGGAUUCGUGGUAUAAGACUUACAUAUGCAAAACUUCUCUCUGAUCGUUAUCUGUGCGACUGUGCUUACUUCGCUUUCAAUCACAUUGCUACUUUUGAAUUCGUGUCGCAAAUCAAGCCAAAUGAGGAUCCAAAACAUCUAUAUGUAAGAUUGCUCAUAUUAUUGGCGAAAAAUGCUCAAGAGGAAACAGCAAAAGACUCUGGGAGCGACCUGCUUAGGAAAACCCCAUGGCAAGCGGAUCAAGUAGCAAUCGGGAUUAUGACUAUGCUAGUAGCUUUCCUUCUGGAGAAGGGGAGGAUACCGCAUGGCUAUCAGGAACUUCGCGAUGGACGGGGCAGGGUCUUUUAUCUGAAUUAUCGCGAUGGGUCAUUGAGGAGGAAUCUAGCCGACUGUUUUGCCCCGAGUGAACCAUCCAAGGACUCUGAGAGGGGUCGUCGAUACCGGAGACGCCGAAAGCAAAUUCUUUACAGGACACAUAAUGGCAUAACUCCAAUUCUUCCGCGUAAGAAAUACAAAGGCCCGUUCACCAAGAUUGCUUCAGGCAAUGAGUCGAUGCGAAAGGGAAAUCCCGAGACACAAUCCAAAGAUCAACCGUCUCAUUCUGGGACGGACGGUAACAUGAAGCGAUCUCCAUUUGUUGGACAGGUAUCCCGAAACUGUCAAAGAGCGAGAGAUUCCGUGUCGAAUUUCGAGCAACGUAUAGAGAUAUUGGUGCAACUUUUAACUCAAGGCACAACUCUGACCCCAAAAGAAGAAAUACUGAACAGAAAAUUCCUAUCACCAGAGAGGCCAAUCUCACCACAGGAGGAACAUGCAUCACUUUUAAAGGGUUUGGCAGCAUUAGAGCAAAGAAGUUUGAAUGAUAACGAAUACCCUCAUUGUCAUUACCUAGACCUCUUAAAAAUAGACUGGUCCAACCUGUCAAUCGAAGUCAAAUAUUGGUACUGGAAUCGAUGGCUCAAACGUCACCGAGACUAUCGCUAUCGAUAUUCCCAAUGGCAGGACUGCGUUGCAAGUAUCCGACGUCCCAAAUUCGUUACCCAAGAUGAAAGAGUGAGGUUCGAGGUCAUCGCCAAUCAGACCGAUGAACAGAUUGCGGAAGAUACUAAGCUCGAUGUCAACUGGUCUAUUGAAAGGGCAUUCUACUCGAGAACGGAUUCCUUUGAAAUACCUGAUGAGGCGUCCCACCCUCAAGCUGUUACCCCCUCGAUGGCAGACCCGAAACCAGCAAGUAAGAAACAUUCAAAGCGUAAAGGAAAGAAGAAGCAAAAGGGCCGGAGGUUUCACAAGUAAGACGACAAAACAACUGAUAACGAUUAAGAACUGCCACAGAUAUUGCAGAUUCCGCAUGAGAUGCACUAGAUGACAAAACUCCUACGUGGACCCAAAAGAUACGAACCCGCCCAAGAGAGGGAAGAAACACAGGCGCAGAUCAAGAGCUUACAGCUCGAGAGCUGCUUAUAGGGCCACCAGCGCUGACAUGAUAAGAAAUAUAAAUAACCAACCUCAAGGAAAGCACUCACUCGUUCUAGAUAGAUAUCCACACUCUCUCUCACCAGCACAACUUCUCCUUUCAACUCGCAGGUAUGUUUACAUGGCUUCGAUAGAUAGAUACAUACGGACUUCCAGUCUACCCAGCGUUCAAUAGAUAGAUAA